ACUCAUUCUUUGCAGGAGGAGCACAUCAGACAAUGCCUUUAAGAGCAGCGCCACAUGACGAAGUGUUAAAUUUACUUAACAGCAAAUUCCUUUCUGUGGAGUGGAACUGACUAUAUGAAAAGGAUCUCUUUGCUUCAAUGUGUGUGACAGAGGAGUCUGGUGUUUUCCAUUGUCAAACACGUACCAGAUGACCAUCCUUGUGUCAACCCUGAUUCAGAGCAAAGCUAAGUUGCAGGUAAAGUGUCUGUGUGUACUUGUGUUCCUGAGCUUCCCUCUGACUAUGGCUGAAGUCCCUGGUCCAUGCAGACAUUCCAUCACGAGGGAGCACCUGCUGACAGUCAGGCAUCUGAUGGAUAACCAGUUGAGAAGUGGGUGCUCGAUAACCUACACAUUCAUAGAACCAAGAAAUUUGAGCAAAUGUUGCUUUGUAAAAGCUGCUUUACCCUGGAUCCUGGAGCUCCUUACCACCCACUUCAAAUACAGUCGGGGUUCAGUCAAUGAUGGCUACGUUCAGUCCCUGAGAGCACUUAUCCUCAACAUCUACUCUCAGAAAUGUGUGCCUCAGAUUAAUGAAGAGGUUGAGGACAAGCCAGAGAGUUUUGAGAUGCUCUACAGAGGGUCUACUUCAGAGGCCCUGCAGAAGGCUUCAGAAGUGCUGUCUGUUUACUGGGAGCUGGUGACGACGAGUGACGCACCAGUAGACUGGAGAUGCCAGCAGGAAUACACAGAAAUCUUUGGCUCUACCACAGAGCUAUACACAGAGUCAACCACACAACAUUUUACAGACAGUCAUGGUAGGAACUCGGUGAAGGCCUCGCAGAGAGGACCAGUCAGAGACCUGUACAAGCUUGGCUUCAUCAUUGUCUCUAUCUGCGGAGGACUGCUGUUCAUACUCACUCUCUACUGUCUCAUCACACAAAAGAGAAUUCACAACCCUCACAGAUCAAGAUCAUAUACGAACUUAAGGAGAGAUCUGCAGGACAUAGAGAUGGAGCCACAAUAAUACAGCAAAGAGCUCAUCGCUGCAGCAGCAGAUGGAUCACUUGUGAAGCUGCACAUUUUAAUCCUGAAAAAGUUUUCAUAUCAGUAUUGUGUGUGUAAUGUAUCAUGCUCACCUAUUUAAUCAGAAGCUUGGCUUUGACUGAGAGAAAAAAAGAUGGGCUUUAUUUGGAAUAAUAUGGUAUGUAUAUUAUGUUUAUGCAUUAUGUAUUGCAGAUAUCUUUUCACUAAAAAAAGUUUUAUUUUUACACUAGUUAUGUAUGUUGAAUGUGUCUCCAUUUGCUACCACUUAACCAACUGUUUGUAAUGUUGUUUACCAAAUAUUUCCACAAGUUAUUUAUUAGUUUGACUCUAUUUAAUCACCGUAAUGAUAAUAAAGGUUUCAUUAAUACCAAAUCCGAAAUAUAAUGCUUUCCAGCUAUCAGUGCAUAUGAGCACAAUGGAAUCCCAUUUUAAGAGCAGAAAUUAACAUAAUUAAAGGAUUAAGGCUACCUAAUAGCCCACAUCCUGUUUGACUUUAUACUUUAUGAGGAGUCAGUAAAUGUUUUAUCCUUGUAAAGACAGUUGUUCCUUGUGCUUUGGAAAGCACUUUAGUUCCCCUCAUUAUCAGCCUACAUUAUUGAUCACAGUCUUCAUGCAGUCAACUUCUAAAAGCUAUGAUUUGUACAUCCAGUUUUAUAACACAACAGUAUGUUUCAACUCUGGAGAAUAUUCUGUUAAUGAUAAAACACACUGAGCUGUUGUUACUGGCAGAGAGGUUGAGAUACGAUCCUGAUAGAUAUACACCAGUCGCUGCUGCAGCUAUACAAGAAAUGUCUUUACUUCACAGGGCAUGACAGGAGUUAUUGGAUAAGGAUAAUAGAGAGCGAGAGAGGGCAGUGCACAUGCAUUCCCUCAUGUUGUCAUGACGUUCACUCAUUUUUACUCAGUGAAAAAUUCCCACAUGUGAUUGUGUGCAUGUGUGCUGGCCUCUAUUUUGUUUUUUAAGAAUCUGUGUAGGAAACAGAGGAGGAAAAAAAACAGCCUCCCAGCCUCUGCAGAACCGUGUGCAGCCAGCAAUAUAUCAUGAUUUAUAACAAAUUUAAUUUCACAGGCUACCGCUUAUCAGUACGCAAACCGCUGUUGCACUGGCAGUAAUUCAUUCUUCAAUCCUUAAACUUCUCCAUUACAAAACAAGGAAAGUAUUUCUGUAAUUCACUUUAGUGCCUUACUGCAGAGGAUUAAAGGCAGCUGUGCAAGACGAAAAGGCAAGUUGUCUUCAACAAUAAAUAUGUGGAAUCUGCCUAAGACCAGUUAGAGUUGUCAAGAGGGCUGCCGCCCUUUUUCUUUAACCCAAUCUCUCUGCCACUUUUACCUUCAAAUUAGAGGAAACAAAACAUGUUGUAGCUACUAAAAAUAUGUCACUGUCAACAGUCAGGGGCACAAAUAACUCUGGAAACAGAUUUUUUUUCCAAUGUAAUAAUAGGUUCAAAGUGGUGGAUUCCAAGAU